CUUGAGACUUCUAUAUCAGCCUAAACUAGAACGCAGACAAUAUAAGGACACGGAACAGGUUUUCAUUAAUAUUCUGUUAUGACAUCGUCACCGACUUCCACAUAGAAAGAUGAUUUUUCUGUUCAUAUUUUUUAUUGUUGGUUGUAAGCGACUGCUUUUUGUUGAAGCAACGACUGUAACAAUGCCAACAACAGCAACAACGACGCGUAGAGGUGGUCUUUUACCAGUUUUACUCACAACUGGUGCCUUUCCUAACUCAGCCUCUCUUGUCACGAUCAACGGACAGUUAGUGCGCAUGGUCAGCAACUGUACUGUGCAUGAUUUCAGCACAUGUCCAACAGGAUCUUGCUGUACCAAGACGUUCCUUCAGUACCCAGCUGGCUACAGUGGCGCGAAACCCGACUAUCAGCUCGAGUGCAAACCCCUGCUGAGCACCGGGGAGUACUGCUACUUUAACACGCCCGAGAACUACUGUCCAUGCGCCACGAAGUGCCAUACGAACGGUUUCUAUGGAAUGUGCCUUUAACAACAUAUGUUUUUAUGCGUUUUUUUUCCAUUUGGGUAUCAUUUGUAUGCCGCCAUAUGUCGUCAUUGUGCGUUUAUCAUAUGUUUUUGCUGUAGCAGAACGGAGUUUAACAUCGUAAUGUGUAGUCUACGAUAAAUGUAAACUCAAAACACA